GCUCUUGAUUGUGUCAUUAAUGACUGAGUCUCAACUUCAUGACGGGUGGAAGCGUGUCUUUCUGAACUUGUUAUUGAACCCAGAGUUUGUACAAGCAGGCACGCAGGCUAGUCUAUCACCAGGCUGCCUCCUCAACCCAAGACAAUUAAGGAACCAUGACUUGCAUUGAACAAGAUAGGCUGGGUCAAGCGUUUGAAGAUGCAUUUGAAGUGUUGACACAGCAUUCAGUUGGAGAACUUCAAUAUCCUCCAGAUCACAAAAACUACAUGACUUUCGUUAACCACUAUCCUCACCACAUCAGAGACAGCCCCAGUUGCUGCGGAUUUUUGCACUCAGAACCUACCUCUAACUGGAGAAGUGUAACCAAUGGUUCUGCGGACUUGUAUUCGGAAGAAAGUUUCCAUCAAUCUCUGCAGAACAUAACUGAAAGCCAGCUGGUACAAGCCUCCAUCUUCCAGCAAAAGGGAGGAAAAGGCAGGAGGAAGCUCCGGCUGUUCGAAUACCUUUUUGAAUCUCUGUGCAACUCGGAGAUGGCGUCUUGCAUCCAGUGGGUCGACAGAACCAAAGGCGUCUUUCAGUUUAUCUCAAAAAACAAAGAAAAGCUGGCUGAGCUUUGGGGGAAGCGAAAAGGCAACCGAAAACCCAUGACUUACCAGAAGAUGGCCAGAGCCCUGAGAAACUAUGCCAGGACAGGGGAGAUCAUCAAAAUCCGCAGGAAACUAACCUACCAGUUCAGCGAAGCUGUUCUCCAGAAACUGUCUCCAUCUUACCUCCUGGGGAAAGACAUCUUCUGCUUACAGUAUGGUCAGCCUGAUCAGGAAUAUCUCAGCUUGAACCCCUGGAAUGUAGAUUACUAUGCCUAUGCGGGUUACCAGAGCUAAACCACUCCAGCUACUUCUUCGGUUUGUUUUUGUUUUUUUAAAGAUUAAAACAUUCCUAUCUUUUCAGAGCUUUGGAUUAAUCAAUGUUUUCUUUUUAAAAAAGCUUUAUUCUUUAUUACGCAGUUUUGUCUGCACACCAGA